CCAGCCUUUACUAAGGUGCUACAGCUUGCUGCAACAGUUUCGCAUUGAGUUGAGUCGUCUUCUUCGUACAUCACGAGAGGAACACCAUGCUGCGUACCGUGCUUUCUCGCAGUCUUCCCACAUUGAAUAGACUGUCAGUGUGUCACUACUCUGCUGCUGCCAUCCCAGCACCCAGCACCCAGCCCGAGAUCCACUAUAACAAGCUGUUCAUCAACAACCAGUGGCAGGAUGCAGUGAGUGGGAAAACUUUCCCUACCAUCAACCCAGCAACUGGGGAGGUCAUUUGUCAAGUUGCAGAGGCUGACGAGGCAGAUGUAGACAAGGCAGUGAAAGCAGCACACAAUGCCUUUAGGUUUGGAUCACCAUGGAGAAGGAUGGAUGCCUCUCACCGUGGCCUGCUAAUCAACCGAUUGGCCGAUGCCAUCGAGAGGGAUACUGCCUACCUUGCUGAACUGGAAACCCUUGACAAUGGGAAGCCAUAUGCUGUGUCCUACUCUGUGGAUCUGCCCACUGUGGUGAAAUGCCUCAGGUACUAUGCAGGCUGGGCUGACAAAUGGGAGGGAAAGACCAUCCCCAUUGAUGGAGACUAUUUCUGCUAUACCAGACAUGAACCCAUUGGAGUCUGUGGACAGAUUAUACCGUGGAACUUCCCUCUGUUGAUGCAGGCCUGGAAACUUGGCCCUGCCCUUGCAACUGGUAACACUGUGGUCAUGAAAGUGGCCGAGCAGACACCACUUACAGCACUGUAUGUAGCCAGCCUGAUUAAAGAGGUUGGUUUCCCUGAAGGUGUUGUGAACAUCUUGCCUGGCAUGGGGCCAUCAGCUGGGGCUGCCAUUGCAAGGCACAUGGAUGUUGACAAGGUGGCCUUUACUGGAUCCACAGAGGUGGGUCAUCUAAUCCAGCAGGCUUCAGGUGGCAGCAACCUGAAGAAAGUCACUUUGGAGCUGGGAGGAAAGAGUCCUAAUAUCAUCAUGUCUGACGCCAACAUGGAAGAUGCAGUGGAGCAGUCCCACUUUGCUCUGUUUUUCAACCAAGGCCAGUGUUGCUGUGCCGGCUCUCGGACCUUUGUCCAAGCAGACAUCUAUGAUGAGUUUGUGGAGCGGAGUGUUGAACGAGCUAAGAGACGAGUGGUGGGAAACCCUUUUGACUUAAACACUGAACAGGGACCUCAGGUGGAUGAGGAGCAGUUCAACAAGAUUCUGGGCUAUAUCAGCACUGGAAAGAGAGAAGGAGCCAAGCUGAUGUGUGGAGGAGGAGUGGCUGCUGACAGAGGAUACUUCAUCCAGCCUACUGUGUUUGGAGAUGUCCAGGACAACAUGACCAUUGCCAGGGAGGAGAUCUUUGGUCCAGUGAUGCAGAUCUUUAAGUUUAAAACACUUGAGGAGGUGGUAGAGAGAGCCAAUGAUACUAAAUAUGGUUUGGCAGCUGCUGUGUUCACUAAAGACAUUGAUAAGGCUCACUAUGUCUCUAAUGGGCUCCGUGCUGGCACAGUCUGGAUUAACUGUUAUGACGUGUUUGGGGCUCAGGCACCAUUUGGAGGUUACAAGGCUUCAGGAAAUGGCAGAGAGCUGGGAGAGUACGGUCUGGACAACUACACAGAAGUCAAAACGGUGACCAUCAAGGUACCACAGAAGAAUUCUUAAACAUGUGCACUCCAGCAGCAUUUGGGUUGCUGUCAAUCAAGAAGCAUCUAAGAGAAGAUCAGUUUAUAAUCUGUGAGAGUCUUUGCUUUGUAGUUUUUAAAUAAUAAAUGCACUUAAAGGAA